GGUCUAGAAAGCCACCAAAGCUAUAUGCCGUAUAAUCCUAUUCGUGGUCUAAUUGCCCUGCACAGUGCCGCUUGAUAGAGUGUUUCAUGACUUUCACAUCCACGGUGUUGGGAAUCUGACAUGGAAUCGUAUGUAGCAGUUGAGGCCUAGACCGUUAUAGGCCCUCCCAGUCAUCGUAGCUACGGAAUAUACCACUGUCACGGAGUGCACUUAUCUCCUCAAACUAACGUGCUAUUUUACUAAUUACAGCACUGUGAGUUAUCAAACAAACUCGUGGAACCAACAGAUAUAGUCCUGAUAAACGUGGAUACUAUAAUUGUGGAAUUCUCGGACUCGGAAACAUGACUAUCGCGGGAUCUCCUCCGCACGUGGCGGGAGCAUGAGAAGGUGGCGAGUGGUCACUAGUGUCGUAUUGGGAUGUAACAGGGUAAUCCCUGUCCGACUGAGAGUACUGCGGACGGCCAUCUCUCAUCAUGUGUAACUGGGGGUAGCUACAGAGAUCAAAUCUAUGUUAUCGCCAAUUCUUUAUAAAAUUGAUUUAAUCAAAAGAGUUAUGAAUGAUUGUGAAUAGUAGCGUAAAUAUAUGUACGUAGUUGCUAUUGUACAUGGAGCCAAGUUUGGAAUGAGAACCGAAAAAUCUAAACUGUCGUUAAAAAUGUAUAGAAUAACAUUACUACUGAGUUUUCUAAGUACCCAUUUCAUAAUGGCCUCCCCUUCCUACCUGAACAUGUUCCAACAACCCACCAACCCGGACCCCUGCUACGACGAUCGCGGAGAACCCACCCGGUGCGUACCCGAUUUCGUCAAUGCAGCGUUCGCAAAGGAGGUUUACGCGUCAAGCACGUGCGGGGCACCUGCAAGUCAGUACUGUAAGUCAACUCUGGGAAAGGACAGUGGGAUCAUUCGGAACUGUUUUAUCUGUGAUGCCAACCACCCAAAGAGGCAGCAUCCUGCGUCUUAUCUAACUGACUUGAAUAAUCCAAACAAUGUCACGUGCUGGAUGUCCGACACGUACGUUCAGUAUCCUCAAAAUGUCACCCUCAAAUUAUCUUUAAACAAAAAAUAUGAGAUGACGUAUAUAAGUUUACAGUUUUGUUCCGCCAGGCCUGCAUCAAUGGCCAUUUAUAAAAGUGUGGAUUACGGAAAUACGUGGGUACCAUUCCAAUAUUAUUCAAACGCAUGUAAAAAGAUGUAUUCCAAAUCUCCCCGAGCUGUCAUAACUAAGGCGAACGAACAGGAUGCCCUAUGUACGGAAGCGUACAGUGAUAUCGAACCCCUGUCCGGGGCUCGUGUAGCCUUCAGCACUUUGGAGGGGCGACCCUCCGCCUACGAUUUCGACAACAGUCCUAUCCUACAAGACUGGGUGACGGCAACAGACAUCAUGGUUAUUUUCAGUAAACUGAACACGUUCGGGGACGAGAGUUCGAAUGACGAGGCUGCGAGGAAAAGCUACUACUACGCGCUAUCGGACUUUGCGGUCGGGGGAAGGUGCAAGUGCAACGGACAUGCUUCCAAAUGCAUCGAAAACCGAGAGGGGCGUCUGGAGUGUGACUGUAAACAUAACACGGCGGGCUACGACUGCGAGAAAUGUAAGGCCUUCCAUUCUGACCGCCCGUGGGCCCGGGCAAACAAUAAGGAUGCUAACGAGUGUGUAGCCUGCAAUUGCAAUUUGCAUGCUCGGCGCUGCCGCUUUAACCGAGAGCUGUUUGAGCUUUCCGGCCAAAAGAGCGGCGGAGUUUGCCUGCGCUGCAAGCACAACACUGCGGGACGGUUUUGCCACUAUUGUAAGCAGGGUUAUUACAGAGACCCUUCCAAGCACGUGACCCAUCGCAGGGCAUGUAAAGGCUGUGACUGUCAUCCCGUCGGCGCCCUCGGCCGGACCUGUAACCAAUCUACUGGACAGUGUCCAUGCAAGGAUGGGGUAACUGGUCUCACGUGCAACAGAUGUGCUAAGGGAUAUCAGCAGAGCAACUCGCCCAUCGCCCCAUGCAUAAGAACUGCCAACUCGACAUCGAACGAUUACAACAAAAAUAAGAUACCUGUUGCCCCUACAUCAAGGCCUCGACCAGCUGUUUGUGGGAAGUGCAAAUCGAAGAGUAAGAGGGUGAACGUACGGAAAUACUGUCGCAGGGAUUUCGCUAUCCAUGCCAAUAUCCUAUCCAGACAGACCGUCGGAGAUAUGGUUAGAUUUACAGUUCAUGUCAUCAGCAUUUACAAACCAGACCCCAACCAGAACAGGAGAGGUGAAACUUAUCUAUGGAUUCCUAAAAAGGACGUCCAAUGCAAAUGUCCAAAACUGCGUCUCAAUCGUCAGUAUCUUCUUAUUGGUAAACACCGCAGGCGAAAUAAUCGUACCGGAUAUGACGUCGACCGGAAGACUAUUGUCAUCCGCUGGAAGGACAGGUGGCAGCGUCGUCUCCGAAGAUUCGUGAAACAUCAAAGGAAAGGAAAGUGUAGGUCGAACAGUUCUCUGAGGAACAAGAGAAAUUAAAGCUGAUGGAAUGACAUGUAAAUUUAUGAAAUGAAUUUCAAUAUUAUUGAAAAUCAGAAUCGGAUAAAGAGAUAAUACACACGCAUGGCGAUAAAUGAGUAAGCGUUAGAUUGAAUCAGACUAUUCCAUGUGAUUGGAUGGGACUGUAACCAAUCAGGUGUAACGGGUAACUAUUACACAAACUCCAAUGGUGUUCUAAUACCAUUUAUAUAAUUAUGGAUACUCACCUUGAUAUAGAGCCAAAUUGUGUUGGUAUAUACUUAACCUGCUUCUGUGAGGAAAGUCGUUCAUGUGUAUCUGAGAAACUCAAGAGUUCCUUUUCUACACACAGCGCAAAGGCCAAGCAAACGUUAAGGGAUUCAUGAAGGCAUAUCUGGCAGCAUGCCUGUAGUGCGAAACAACGCUGUAAGUUUCAUAAGUCGACAUUGGAAACUAAUUCUAUGUGCGAAUUAUAUAACAGUUUGAAAAAAAGUAUAUUUUCAUACAUGUGUUUAAAAGCACAGUAGUUCCUACGAUAUAAGGUCGAUCCCAUUUGUGGUGAUAAAAUGGAGAAGUGUUGAAUAUAUUGUGAAUUAUUUCCUGUUUAUGUAUAAAACAGCCGACACUAGUUCGGACAUAUUGUUGUGUUGCCUUGAUACCUGUUCUUCGUUCCUGUGUACACGUUACAUAUUUGUAUAGUAUUUGUAUAGUAUUUGUAUAGUGUAUUUGAGAUAUGUAUAUAGUUAAUUUAAGCGUUAUAUUUUAUUGUUCAUAAAAUCUGUUUAAAUGUUUGUGUUAUAUUAACGAUAUACGACUUGAACGCCGUGCCAGGACUAGAUACCUACAUUUGUGUAUAUGGAAUCACCACAACAAUCUGUCAUGUCACUGGGGCAUGUCUUUGAUAUUAUUUAUAUAGUAUAUAAGCCAGUAAAUCAUGAAUCUGUUAUUGGAAAUAUUCUCCAAGGCAGACGUUCUUUAAAUUACUGAGAUCCUACUGGGGUUCUCAAAAUUACGUCCGUCUUCAUAAAUCAUCCAGGAACAUCAUUCAGCUCGAUAGAUUACAAAGUACUUGGAAUAUCAUAAUGAAACAUGGACGUUCCUAUUAGGUAGUAAUUUAGGUGGUACAUAGGACGUCAGUGAUUUAGGUGGUACAUAGGACGCCUGAGAUUUAGGUGGUACAUAUGACGUCCGUGAUUUAGGUGAUACAUAGGACGUCCGUGAUUUAGGUGGUACUUAGGACGCCUGUGAUUUAGGUGGAACAUAGGACGGCCAUGAUUUAGGUGGUACAUAGGACGUCCGUGAUUAAAGUGGUACAUAGGACGUCCGUGAUUUAGGUGGUACAUAGGACGUCCGUGAUUUAGGUGGAACUUAGGACGCCGGUACUGUAUGUGGUACUUAGGACGUCUGUGAUUUAGGUGGUACAUAGGACGGCCGUGAUUUAGGUGGUACAUAGUACGUCCGUGAUUUAGGUGGUACAUAGGACGGCUGUGAUUUAGGUAGUACAUAGGACUUCUGUGAUUUAGGUGGUACUUAAGACGUCCGUAAUUUAAGUGGAACUUAGGACGUCUGUGAUUUAGGUGGUACUUAGGAUGCCAGUACUUUGGGUGGUACUAAAGACGUCCGUAAUCUAGGUGGCACUGAGGGCGUCCGUUAUUUAGGUGGUACUGAGGGCGUCCGUUAUUUAGGUGGUACUGAAGACAUCUAUAAUUUGGGUGGAACUAACUUGCAUAUUACUAUUUCAACGUUAAUUGACUAGGUUGAGAUAUGUUGAUCGUGUGUCAACACCAUGCAGUAGAAUGUUGAGGUACAUAUUUUCCGUUGACUCCGUUGUUAUUUAGAUGUUAUGAAGAUGUACAUAAAUAUAAUGUUAUUCCUUUACACCACUACCGUGCUGUUUAUCUGACACGACCUUAGAACAUCACCAUGUAAUAUAUCUCGGACUCUGCAAUCAGCCAGGCCCAGGUACCGGCAUUCAGCCUGUUUGGAGUAUUUGUACUCGACAAGCCCGGAGUACGUAUGCUGAGCAGUGGACCCGUCUGGAGAGUACACAGGUCACUCAUGACAUCCAUAGUGUCAAAUACUCGGCCCACCCGGAGUAUGUGUAGCAAAUAAAGGGCAUACAUCUGUCCUUUAGAUCCUCUGGACAGUAUUUUUUGAGGGAACUAAUCCCGUCCGGACUAAUGCUCAGGGCACCACGCUAGUCCGGAUUUUUAUGUACCGAGGAAGGUAUAUGUACCGGACUUUCAGCCCGUCCGGAUAGUAUUUACCAUGUUGGGUUUCCACUUUACAGUAAGUGGAUGAUAUACCAGAUGGCAGUGUGAUAGAUGGGCUAUGUCCCUUGUCCAUCUUAAUACAAACUCAUGUAAAUCUUCAUCUAAAAUAAAAUGAAAUAAUCUGCUAA